GUACACUUGGAGGAUCGGCGAGCGAAAUGUUGUGUGUGUAGAGUAGAGGAAGAAAAGUACGGCAACAGCUGUCGCUUCUUCGAAUCUUAUCGAUGACUCGGAAACCAGGUGAUAUUCCCUCCAACAACAUUUGCUGCUGCUGCUGUUCACCUUCACUCUGAUCCACCAGUCGAUGCAAGGACUCAGUGUCUGGUCGUCUUCGGUCAAACAUCAGGUCAGUCCCAGCUGACCCAUGGAGGACAGAACAGAAAGCCCGAUGGCUGUGAAGGUGGAGGAGCAUUCUCGGGGUGUCAUCCUGACUUACUUCCAGGGCGACAUCAACAGCAUGGUGGACGCUCACUUCACCCGAGCCCUCAGUAGGGUCUGCAAGGCCAAGGCUCCGGUAGUGAAGACAAAAAAAAUGAGGAAAAGUAUCAAACUUGAGAACACCAGCUCAUGUCAGGGCAGGGCUGUUGACCCUUACACUGAGUCACAGGCCCCUCCUGCCGCGGGACGUCUCCUGACAUUCAGCACCGCGGACGAAACUCCCCCCGGUUCGUGGCACUCGCUCGCAGCCCGGCCAGGAGAGGGCUCAGGUCUGCCGCCCAUUGCAUACUCCCUGACCCCGCAAGGGUUGAGCCUAACUGGACAACAAUACGCCACAUCCCUGCUCAACCUGCUGCACAGUGACAGGGGUGAGAUGGGACCCAGCAUGGCCUCCAGCUCCAAGCCAGAGCUGCUGCCAAGCUGGACCGUGCCUCAGGGGUUCAGAGAGUCCGUGGACCCCGCUGUGGGAUUUGAACCUGAGCGUCGUCUGGACAAGAAGGACUUAUACUGGUAUUGAAGAGCGAGCGACUGGAGCAGCAGAGACAGUAACGUCUUCAACCACGCGACACUGAGUUACAACAGCUGGCUUACUCUUCAGUCGAGGAGCAGCCAGAUGUGUUUUUGUCAAACAGACCUCGAAGUGUCAUGGGAGAACUCACAAAGACGAAAGAAACAGCAGCACUUCCAUUCCCUGGCUCGCUCUCUGCACUUCUCACGAAAAUGAACUCAGUACCUCAGUAUGUAUUACCUGGAACAAGCCUUCUGGAAGGGAACACUCUCUGACAAACCUGUUCUUCAACUCUGUCAUUCCUCUGGUAGAUCUCGGAGCACUGUUGUUUCUUCCUUUGCGGUGAAGUUGGACAAAGGGCAUUCUCUUAUAUCUUAUGUUAGUGGACCUACACCAGUAACUAGACCAGUAUUACAUUGUGAGACUUUUCAGUGUAAAAAUAUUGUUGUUAAUAUCGGUCUGCAGUUCACCUGGAUGAGCUUUAGUUGUUAAUAUUUUUACAUAUCCAAAAGGGGACAGUCAUAUAAUCUUAAUAAAUAGUUUUCUGUAAUUUUGUAUCAAAAGUAAAGUAAAAGUAUAAAAAAAAAAAAAUGUUAACACUGGACGGGAGACAACACAAAUUGAAAAAUAGUGGCAUCUAGUGGCAGGUUGACACCAUAUUAAAUAUUCAUAAAGCUACUGUCGAGUAAACUACCCAGCAGAGUGAAGAAGUCAAAUUAGCUUCACCUCACACGACUACAGCAUUAAACUAGCAAUUAUAUGUUAAUGUAGCAAUAAUAAUCGAAAAAUAAGAUAAAACUAAAAGACGUUUUUCUGCACAAUCAAUUAUUUUACUUUAAAUUUGUGAAGAAGAUUUUACUGAUAAUACUUUUACUACAGUAAAACUCAUAAGUCAGGAUUUUUAUAUGUAAUUGGGUAUUUUUAUUGUGUCUUACUGCAACUUCUGCUUAAAUUAAAUGAUUUGAAUACAUCUUCCACUCGUGCACAUGAUUUAUUUUUACUUAUUGAUACUAUGGACAUUUAAGGUGGUAAAUUCUUAAUGAAUACACAGAUGAGACAUUAUGAAAUAAAAUGUCUUGUGAAUAAAUACAAAUACUGGACAGUUAGCAAAGCACUUCUUGCAGCUUUUGUGUGUAAACAUAACUUAACCAGUCUGUGAUUCAAACCACGAUUGUUCCAUUAACUUAAAGUUAAUAUUGUAACCAUGACGACAAAGGUCUGGUACCCUUGCCAGCAGUUGGGGCACAACUUCAGGAGAUGCUCCAGUGGAUCACAUCAGAAUGAAGCGAGGAUUCGUGGGACACUUCUAAGGCACUGCAAUGCACAUAGUAUUAAAACGUUAUAUAUAAAAAAAAAAGUAUGGUUAAAAUUUGGUUCAAACUGUAUAAAAACAACCAAACAGGAGAACAAAUGUUGAAACCUCAGAGAGCCACAAGUGAGGGAUGGGAUCCCUCUCCCAGGACGGAGGGGUGCAACAGAUUCCACGUGAAACAGAGCACGUCGACAAUAUAACAUUAUCGAUAACAUUCAAGACAGUGUAUUAAUGUUUAAAGUAUUUAUACAAAAUGUGUGAAAGAAAUGAGGGGAGCAGUAAUGACACUUGUAAUGUUUGAGGUAUUACCAGUGAUGCACACAAUAAUGAAUCAUGAUUGAUUCAUUAUUGUGAAUCCACAGUAGCCAGAGCUGCGAUCCUGAAUCUGCAACGAAAUCACGAAACAGUUAAGAUAGUUUAUAUCAGAAUCUGUUAACUUAAAGCUUUGUAAGAGAAGGGGGCUGCAAACAGAAGCACUGUUCUCUGGUUCUGUAACUGUUUUCUGCAAAUACGAGUUUCUCAUUCUCUUUGUCGACGGACAUUCAGUCUGCGUGACCCUCAUUUUUCUAUAUUUGAAAAAUGCAGCUCCUUUAGCUUCACACCAGACAGCAUCAUCGAGAUAACGCAUUCCAAACAAAACAAUCAUGACACUGUCCUUGACUGUCUAAAAGGAUUUCACAGACCUGAGGGGCCACGUCACCUCUGUUUGUUAAAAUCAUUCUUCGUUGUAGCUGCUGGAAACUCGUGAAAGAAGAGGAAGAAGUGUGAAGAAAGGAAAGUUAUCAACCGUAUCACUGACAGUUUGAGAAAUCACACAACUCGUAAAGCAAACAACUAAAACAUCCAAAGAUACAAUAACCAAUAUGUACAGGAUGUGCGACAGAUAUAAAAAUGAACUAGAGGGAGUAAAAAUACUGUGUAAAGAGAACAUCUGAGACAAAAAAUCCCUCUAUCUUCCUACUCAAGAGGAGUAUAAAGGCGAGCGCCUAUUAGAAGAACAUUUGACACCGGUGACAAUUACAUCUGAGAUUUACAGAGAUCAGAACAGAUCGAACAGCACAGUGACGUCACCGCCCCCUCCUCGGUCGUACUGUAAUCUUUAGAUUCCACAAGUGCAUCAUGGGCAGUGAUUAAAAGUAAUGUUGGAUAAAAAUAAAAACAACUUCAUUCAG